UCUCCGGGGGCUGUGUUUUGUGUUUUUUCCGCGGCCGCUUCGUAGGUGUUUGGGAAGAGAAUUCAAGACCUCUUCCUCACAUUGAUGAAAGUGGCUCUCUCGCUGAUCAGAAAUUGAUCCUCUUUGUUCAAUUCAACAUCGAUCGGACACUGCAACUGGGCAAGCCAGGGCGACGCCGCGGGGAUGCGCCGAAAUAAAAGCCGAACGGCGGGGCUUUGGCGAGGAGCUCUCGGCUGGCUAUCUUUAUUGCGUGUUGUUCAACUUUUACCGGAGCGAGUAGCCGUAGUUAGCCCGACGCUUUAGCCGCUGUAAGGUUGGAUAAUUUGGGGGAAAAAAAAUAAGUGCGACUCAUUAUACGGUGGCGCUGUGGUGACACCGACCGAUGAGACGGGCAGCACAGACACAAACGGCGCUUUGCUCGUGUUUUUUACUCUCAUUAUCGAAAGAACUAGACACCACCGCCACACAGCUUGCCAACAGACAGGACGAGAGCGAACAGUCCAGGAAGAAACUAAUCGACCUGAGCCGUGAGUUCAAGAAGAACACUCCAGAGGAUUUUCGGAAACAGGUUGCCCCUUUGCUUAAGAGCUUCCAGGGAGAGAUCGAUGCCUUGAGUAAGAGAAGUAAAGAAGCAGAGGCCGCCUUCUUGAACGUGUACAAGAAAAUAAUUGAUGUCCCAGAUCCUGUACCUGUGCUGGAGCUGGCUCAGCAGCUGCAGCUGAAGCUCCAGAGGAUGCACGACAUUGAGACAGAGAACACCAAACUUCGAGAGACACUGGAGGACUACAACAAAGAGUUUGCCGAGGUUAAAAACCAAGAGGUGACCAUUAAGGCCUUGAAGGAGAAGAUCCGCGAGUACGAGCAGUCCCUCAAGAAUCAGGCUGAAAACCUGGCCCAAGAGAAGCAGCUUCAGCUACACAACGACUAUGCAGAGAAGGAGAGGAAACUUCAGGAGAGCCAGGACUCCAUGUCCUCGAGGUUGGAGGAGGCCGAACACAAGGCUCAGUCCCUACAGACAGCACUUGAAACAACUCAGGCCGAGCUCUUUGAUUUGAAGACCAAGUAUGACGAGGAAUCCACAGCAAAGGCCGACGAGAUUGAGAUGGUGAUGACAGACCUGGAAAGAGCCAAUCAGCGAGCGGAGGCAGCUCAGAGAGAGGCAGAGUCGCUCAGAGAGCAGCUGUCUUUGAGCAACCAAUCCCUGCAGCUCAGCAGCCCGGCCAAGGCCGACACCGACACGGAACAGGCGCCGGAGGUGGCAUCCAACUCGAGUCUGGAGGCGGAGCUCAGGGCCAAAGAAAGGGAGACUGCCCAGCUGGUGGAGGAUGUCCAGAGACUGCAGGCCAGCCUGACCAAACUCCGAGAGACCACCAGCUCCCAGAUCACACAGCUGGAGCAGCAGCUUAGCAGCAAGUCGGCAGUUCUUAAGGAACUGGAAGACAAACUGCAGAAGCAAGCUGACUAUGAGGAGGUGAAGAAGGAGUUGAGUAUCCUCAAGGCUAUGGAGUUUGGAACGUCUGACGCCGUGCAGGACUCAUCCAAAUCCCUGGAGGUGCUGCUGCUGGAGAGGAACCGUGGUCUUCAAUCAGAGAGCGCCGCUCUGCGCAUCGCCAACACUGAGCUGAGCGGGUCAGCCGGGCGAAAAGGGACAGAAGAGUCCACAACGAAGGAGGAGACCGUGCCCAGCGACCCCUCUUCCUCGCCCCCUCCUCCCCCUCUCUCUGUCCCUUCCUCCUCUCAGCUGCCCCAGUCCCGCACUCACACGGACCCCCUCAACACUGCCACCACCACCAGCAGCAGCAGCAGCGAAACGCACCCCUUCACUCCUACGGGCAUUGGACAGGACUUCUACUCCCCCGUGUUCCCUCUGGUGGGUGGUAAGAUGGCUUUGAACUCCCUCAUUCAGCGGCAGCUGCUCCAGACCUUCUACUCGAAAGCCUUGCAGGAGUCGUCUGGAAUCCCCAGCGGGGCUCUACUGUUCACCCCCUUCACUCCAACCCUCAGCUCCAUCCCUACCUCCACCCCAGGCUCAGGGUCUGCUGCCAUCCCCCUGGCAGCCAGCAGCCCCCAGCCGCCUCCGGCCAGCCCAGACAUGGCCCCCGUUAACGGGAGCAGCACGGCUGGCAGCGCCCCGUCGCCGUCGCCCAGCCACUCCGACGCUACCACAGGGAGCGUUCUGGACGGGGAGGACAUGGACACGGCGGAGAUUGCUCGGCAGGUGAAAGAGCAGCUGAUCAAGCACAACAUUGGUCAGCGUGUGUUCGGCCACUAUGUGCUGGGACUGUCCCAGGGUUCGGUCAGCGAGAUCCUGGCCAGGCCGAAGCCGUGGAACAAGCUAACGAUCCGGGGGAAGGAGCCCUUCCACAAGAUGAGGCAGUUCCUCGCCGACGAGCAGAACAUCCUCGCGCUGCGCAGCAUCCAGGGACGGCAGAGAGAGGGCUCAGGACAGCCCCAGCUUAGCCGAGUGUUUCAGGAUGUUCCGAAGCGGAGAACCCUUUCCGAUACAGCUUCACACGCAGGUAACAUUACUGCCCGUGUCCGCACCCCUGAGGCAGGUUCAGAUGAAGCUAUCAAGUCUAUACUGGAACAAGCCAAAAGAGAGCUGCAGGUGCAGAAAGCUGACCUGUCCCAUGCUCAGCCGUCAUAUACGGGACUUAAAGGCGGUGGCGGAGGUGCGGUGGGAAGCGGAGGGGGCGGCGGCGGCGGCGGAUCAGACGAAGCCAUUCGCUCCAUCCUGGAGCAAGCUCGUAGAGAGAUGGAGGCCCAACAAGCCGUACUGGAGCCCAUCCUCAAAGCCUCAUCUUCCUCUUCCUCCUCAGUGUCACUAUCUCACAGGGACCUCCUGAGCUCUCCGCUCACCGCGCCCCUCCCCCCUUACAAUCCCCUGGCGCUCUCCCUCAAAAAGCCCACCAGCUCCCUCUUGUCCUCGCCCUCUUCCCCGUCCCCGGUGCUGGACUUCAGCUCCGGCGUGAAGAGGGAGGGCCGGGCUUCUUCAGGGAUGGACUUGUCCGUUGACGGGGCUCUCAGGCUGGGUCGGAGCUCCGAGGCUUCGGGCCGCUCCGGAAGCGCCGGGGGGCUGGGUUACUGGAGAGAACAGUGGUGGAACAACAUGCAUUCGGACCCGCGGAGGACCAUGUCCAGUCAAACUGUAGAGGAGAACCACAACCAGGAAGACUCAAAAGAGGGAAUAUUGAGUGACAGUCUGUCUCGACACAAACCGUGGAACAAGUUAAACCAGAGGAGCAGAGAGCCAUACCUCCGCAUGCAGCCGUGGCUCAAUGGAGACCAGGGGCAAAACACACACAUCCAGCAAGCUCAGAACCAAGAGGGUACCCCCAAGACAUCGGCGAGCUGCAGCCCCGCUCCGGAGUCGCCCCUCAGUUCGGCCGAGGAGUCCGUCAAUGGUCUCGGCGGGGAUCCACUCGCUUCGCAGUCCUCCUGUCUCAAACCUCCGUCUGAAGAUCCUUCAGGUGGAGAGUCUCAGCCCGGCACCCCGCUGCCUGUGCCAGGUCACUCGGGUCUCAGCAUCCAGGAGAUGGUCGCAAUGUCUCCUGAGCUCGACACUUACGCCAUCACCAAGAAGGUUAAGGAGGUGCUAACUGAUAAUAACCUUGGUCAGCGCCUGUUUGGGGAGACUAUCCUGGGUCUGACUCAAGGUUCUGUCUCAGACCUGCUGGCCAGGCCCAAACCCUGGCACAAGUUGAGCCUGAAGGGUCGGGAGCCCUUUGUCCGUAUGCAACUCUGGCUCCAGGACCCGCACAGCGUGGAGAAACUCAUGGACAUGAAACGCCUGGAGAAGAAAGCUUACAUGAAGAGGCGGCUGAGCUCCUUGAGUGAUGGCCAUUCUGUGGACCCGGGCCUCAUGGGGCCGGAGUACGUGCAGGGCUCCCAGAGCCCGGGGCAGCAGCAUCUGAAGAAGCCCAGGGUGGUGUUGGGUCCCGAGGAGAAGGAGGCCCUGAAAAGAGCUUACCAGCAGAAGCCGUAUCCAUCCCCGAAAACCAUCGAGGAGCUGGCCUCUCAGCUCAACCUGAAGACCAGUACUGUUAUCAACUGGUUCCAUAAUUACAGGUCACGUAUCCGGCGAGAACUCUUCAUAGAGGAGAUCCAGGCGGCUGGAGGCGUGGGGCCUGGCAGUGAGGGAGGAUCCCCUUCCCUCCGUGGGUCCAAAUCAGGGGAGGGGGACAGCUGUGAUGGGACAGAAUCUGAGGGCACAAUGGAGGCGCGCCAGGGACUGGGCAUGGGCCUGGAGGAUCACAGAGGAGCGUUCAAAGACCACGACAUGGAGGCUGAGUCUGAGGCAGGGGGCUCUAAUAACUCCCCUGUCCAGUUAGACUGCACCACCUCAGGCUUAGUUGGGCCAGGCUCCAGCUGCGGAAACAGUGGACUGGGGCUCUUCGGCCUCACGGAGGCGUCCUCCAGUAGCUCUGCCUCUAGUACUAAUGUCCCAGCCGCUGGCCCCACCAGAAACCCCAGGGACAACAAUCUGCGCAAGAAGAAAGCAGCCAAUCUCAAUAACAUCAUCCACCGGCUGGAGAAGGCUGCCAGCAAAGAGGAUCCCUCAGAGUGGGAGUUCUAGCUCCCCCCUGACCAUCCUUCAUCCCUCUCGUCUCAUAACCUCACGACCUCUAACCUUGGACCCCUCCUGCUCUGUUCCAGUCGGAGAGUGGACACAGCCAAAGUCAAGCUCAGCAGCCAUUUUUAUUACAUAGAAGCUUUCCGGAAAGAGGAAAGAAACAAAGAGUGGUUGGCAAAACCCUUAAAAGAAGAUUUACUGAGUACAUAGAAGAACAAAAUAAGAGAACUUAAGUGUCUCUCCUUUUUUUUUUUUUUUUUUUUUUUUUUUUUUAAACUGAGUUUUGUUUUUGUACUGAGAAAAGCACUUAGCCGUCCUGCUGGCCUCUGGCCCUGCUGUACCUCCCCUAUCACCAGCCACUGGUGCACCAGACUGGUUAGUCCUGAGCUGGGGUCUGACCCGCAGCUGGGGUUGAAACCCGGACUCAGUAAACACAGGCAAGGCCUGACACAGCAGCUGUCACAGUGAUAGACACUGAUAGAUGAUAGAUAGAGACAGGAACUCUCUUACAAGAACUCUCACUUUCUUAAAGGAGAUUUUUUCCGCUCUUCUUCUCACCUCCCAAGUGUCCACAAACCUCCCCUCACUCAGUGAGACGCCUCAUUUUUCACACUGUAGAGUGACUGUUACAAACCCUUUGCCUUUUUCACUCACUGCGUGUGUGUGUGCGUGUGCGUGUUUGUAUGUUAGGGGAUCGUGUCAGUGUGCACCUGUGUACGUGUGUGCGUAUAUACACAUCCAAAAAAAAAAGAAAAAAAAAUACGGUGUGUGUAUGUAUGUGUGUGUGUCCUCUUCUCAAUGGCAGCAUGUUUUCUUUUUUAUCUCACUCCUACACUCUUAAGAGGGUAGUGGAAGGCCUGCCGGCUGAGCUGCCAUGGUUACUGAUGUAAGAAAGAUGAACUUUGACCUGUUGUGUCCCAUAUCCUAUCCUGCUGACAGCCAUGUGAUGGCCAGAAGGAUCUGUAAUUCCUCACAAACACACGCACUCAUCUGAAGAGGAAGGAAGGAAGGAAGGAACCCUCUUUUUUGCCUCCUUAAAACCUUCUUUUUAGGAUGAAGGAUGAUCUCUGUUUUUUAAAAUAUUGCAAUUUGGUUGCCAAUAAGAGAUUGCACAGUCUUUUGACUCUAAAGAGUACAAAAUAGGGAAUUUUAGGAAGCAUUUUUAAUUAGUUCAAAAUAAGAAAAUAAGAGAAUAACAAGUUACUGUUUAAAAAAAAAAAAAAAGAAGCGAAACAAAUUAGAAUGGAGUAAUAUUGCGUUGUUGAAAUACAAUACGAUGAAUUCACGUAGUACUGUAGCUGUCUGACAUGGUGAUACUAUACGUGUCUCUUUGUUGUUUUAGGUUGUGCACGUCACAGCUUUGCCCAGCACUGGACCUGCUGGGUGUGUGUGUGUGUCUGCGUGCGUGCGCGUGUGUGUGUGCGUGCGCGUCUGCACCACCGACAAUUUUUCUCUGUUCACGAACACACAUCUUUUUAUAGGCCAAAUCAGGAAGAGUGUGUGUGUGUGUGUUUGUUUGUUUGUUUGUGCGCGUCUCGUGUGCAUUUGUACUUGCCUGCAUGUAAGUCGGGGUCGAGGUCAAUUCACUCGCAACGAAAGUUUUUAGAGGCGCGUCGUCGGAAUUCGCGACUGAAAAAGAAAAAUGGGUUUUGGCAAAUGAAACGCGCGGCGCACGGAGCUCGACCGACCGACCGCGCGCGUCCCGAAGUGAAUUCACCCCAACCCUGGUGUGAGUAGUUACCACUCUCCUCCAGUCUAUCCUGUAUCCAGGGAUGUACGUCUUUUGCAUCGAAUUCUACUGUAUACACUACAAAUUAUAAGGCAUAUCACCUCCUCCCUGUCCCACACAAGCCCUCAGUGCCUGUCAGCCCACUGCCUCCCCUUCGUGUGUGUGUGUGUAAGUGUGUGUGUAAGUGUGUGUGCGUUUGCGUGGAUGCACGUGCACGCAUGCCUGUCAAUAUACAUGCGUGUGCACAAGUGUGCGAGAUUGAGGAGCGUUCAGUGUUUCCUAUGAGUGGGGUCAUAUUUCGUAUCUACUUGCACACACUACUAGUGCACAACUGACACCCUUCUUUAAGCUGUUUGAUGCGUUACCAUUACAUUAAUCUUCUCACAAAGUAGUGUAAUACUAUGAUUUACUGUAGCUUGGUUUUAUUGCUAUUUUGCAUUUAUAGUUUGGUUUUUAUUCUGCUUAUUUAUAGGUGCUGUAUUUUUCAUUUAAUGUCUUAUCAUUUGAGUUGUCUAUUUUUUAAGGGAUUAUACUGUUCCUGAGGGCAAGUAACAUUUUUAUUAGACGUUAUAGACUGCCGGCAGUAUUGGUUAAUAUUUACAAAGAUGUACUAGUUCUCAUUUGUUUGUAUAUUCAUGAAUCCUAAAGUUUAGCGUCAUUUCAAUAGCUUUGAGAAAAAAAAAAAAGAUGUGUUUGCUACAGUUCAUGCUCCCGUAAGCAUCAAGCUCUUACCACAACUGUUAUGCUCUUAAACUGCUAGCUAGAGAAUCAAAGGACAUAUCAAGAUCAGUGGAUAUAUGAUCGCAUAUCUCUGUUUCUGUUUUCUAUUCUCCAAUAAUGUUUUUUUGUUUCGUUUUGUUUUUCUUCCUGGGCAAGCCCAACACUAACGCUCGGCAGGGCAUGCAGCUUUCUUUAGAUAGACUUCGCCCGCUCAUUAAUCACAUUAACAUAAUUAACUGGUCCAAAUUGAUACGGUUUGUCAAAUAGGUCAAACGAAAUUACCUAAACUUGAGAACACAUGUUAACUUGAAAGAGGUCAUAUCUGCCAAAUUGAGAUUAGAGAAGUGUACCAGCUAGCAGGUGUGCUAUGCCAGAUCGAGCAGAGAUAGCCAGCCUAUGAUUAUGCAGAAUUUCUAUUGCAGUUAGUAACAAAGCACUUAUUAGGAUCUUUUUAAGACUUAACCUAGGACAGGGUCUGUAAACACUACAACAGAGUACGAUCCCAGGAAUCCUGGGAAGUGUAUGCCUUUUUUUAAAAAAAGAAAAAAAAAGAAAAGUGGUUGUAAACCAAGCACAGACUCUUAUCCACAUCCUAACACUAAAAAUUAAAACAUAAGAUAGUUGUGGCCGUGUUUUCUACAGAAGAAACUGUAUUCCUAUCCAGCAAACUCUUACUUCAAACUACAAGUGACAGUGUGACAGAAAGGGCCGUUGUCCUGUACAGUUGUAGAUAUUCCGAGUAAACCCGCCUGUUUGAGUUUCUAAUCUCCUCAGUCCAUCCUUAAAGCCUCGCCUUUUCCCUGAAUGUACAUCCGGAUACAUUGGCAGCCUGUCAAAAGGUACUGAUAACGUCGUUGCACUGACUGCGUUACGAUGCGUUAGCUUAAAUUGGAUUUUCCUAACGUGUCUGAUAAUUGUACAAAAAAGAAAGAAAGAAAGAAAGAAAUCUCAAAACUUUGGCUCUUCCUGUGGACGACUGAUGUGAGACAUCUGUCUUCUGCGGCGCGCUGAAAGGAACGCCGCCUCCUGUUGGGCUGCUGCUUGGUCCGAACAACCACCGCCGCCGCCGCCGUGCGUUUUUAUGGAGAUGAACAGCUACUGUAAAGUAUAAGCACUUAACCCAUCAGCCAUUUUAUAGCCAGAUCCAUCAGCUCACCUGAACCACGUGAGAUCAUCAGAUUUGUGCCUUUAACUGCCAAGCAGGGCACCAAACUAGUGAUGUCAUCCGACGAGUUGUUCAUAACGAAUCCAAAGUCCUGAUCACAAAUUUAUUUCUCAGACUAUUGGUACUUAAAGAACAACUUGCAGGUUGAAUUAAUGCGUGAGCGCGCACGCGACUGGACUUUACAGGCUCUAAAGUAAAAGCUAUAGAGCCAAAAAAAAAGAAAUACGGAUCCUCGCAGUAGUUUUGACACUGAAGAUGUUUAUAUUCGUGAACGGAGACCAGGAAACGGCGAGAACUCGGAGGAAAAACGUAGGCAUUAACUUUUCAAAGGAUCAUUUACGAGAAGUGUAACUUUAACCUGCAAGUUGCUCUUUCACACUUUUUUUUUUCCUCAGCCCCCCUGGAGAGGGUUGUAUAUAACCGCCGGAGUGCAGUUGAAACGGGAGAAAACAAACUCGCGCGUUCUUCUUAUGACUCACCCGCGGUCGCGUCUCAGUCCGGGUCUUGUUGUUUUCCCACAGUGCAUUUCUUACGUUGUACAUAAAACUAGCAGCGAAAGGCCAGAGCAUUGAAUGAAGGAGGAAGCAUGCAGAAACAGCAUACACUGUAAUAACACUGAAUUUAUUCAUAGGGCAUUUUGUAUUUUUCUGUUUGUGUCAGGUUUGCUGUGACAUUAAUAACGGCACUACAGGUAUUGAUAAUGACGUGUGCCAAUUCUAAUGGUUAUUUGGAAAAGAGACGUGUAAAUACGGUCGAUCAAGUAGCUAUCGAUUCAUUUAUUGUCACAGUAUGCUUUUGUUUUGAAGGCAGGAGGAGAGAAGGGACGAUUCAGGACUUUUCCAUGAUCCACAGAUAUUUUUCUACAAAUUUAAAUCAGAUGAUUCUAUACACUGUUGAAUAACAUUGUAAAGGUGUAACAGAUGCUGUAUAUCAUAUCAUGUUUUCUGAAGUCGUAAAGCUUUACUGUAUGAUCUGUUGAAGUAGUGGUUAUUCAUUUGACAUAUUAGUUGUAAUGGAAGCCCGAACAGCAGCACUGGUCACCAUAUUCAGGAAAAGAGGAAAAAAAAGAAAAAAAAAAAGAAGAAGAAAAAAAAACCUCAGAUGUUUUUUGUAAUACUUUUAAAAUAUAUCUUAUGAAGUGGGUUUUGUAAGGAAACACUUUCUGAAUCAGCGGUGCUGUAUGCAUAGCACACUCAGUAAUACAUACACACAUAAUACAGCACAAUACACUCAGCCUUUAAACUCCCCCUUCCACUUAACUUGCAUGCUUUUAUUGAUUUUUUCUCUCACAUUGGCUCCAGCUAAUUUUUAAGUCUUAAACUAUUUCCUCAUGAACUGCGUUAUCAUGCUUUUGAAACUGUAACAGUUUUUGUUUUUUUAACAGCCAGAGAUCGACUCUGGAGCGACAAACAUUUCAACAAUCGCCAGACUUAAAAGAGGAAGCAAAAAGCCAAAUAGUGAAAUAGUUAUCCACUUCUGUUGAGAGGUUGCUGACUGGUUUUCUGUGUAUUGCUACCUAGUGUCGUUGCUUCGGUUCACCCAUAGCUUAAACCACAGUGUAGUCUGACAACCAAAUGACCUGGGGAGACCUUCACCCCCGCGCUCCCUUUUUGGAAAGCUUUAAGAUGCUUGUUGAGGCUUUAGCAAGUUCAGAGUGUUUUUAGAUGAUUUUUUCUUUUCCCCCUCCCCCUCCUUUACCGAACCCGUCAUCAACAACGUGGAAGUAAUAAUUCUCAUAACUUCUCCCACUGCUUAUUUUUGUGAGUGUGCGCGUAUGUGUGUGUGUUGUAGUACAAACGGCUGCAUGACUGUAAAGGGAUGGUUUUUAUUUUUUAUUUUUUUUUCUUUCUUUUCCGAAAGUUGUUUCCCCAGCACUUCUUGUCACUCCUGAGAUGCUUUUCGUUUUUUCCUCCUCCGGGGCAUCCCUCCCUCUCGUUUUUCCUCAUGUAUCAUUGUUUCUUUAUCUUUCUAUUACUAAACGUAUCAUGUUGUUUGUUCUCAGCACUGUAAAACAGUCCCUUCUACAACAUUGAAAAGCAAUAUCACUGUAUGAAACGUUCACAAUGUAUUUGUUAUGAUUGACAUUUGAUUCAUCAUCAUCAUUAUUAUUCACAUGCACCCUAGGUGUGAUAAUUGAAGUAAAUCUCUUUUAUACAAAUACUAAAA